AUGGCUAGGAAGCUUCGGCACCUCAUGGUCUUGAUCAGUGAUGUAGAGUCACUUGUCGACGAACAGGCUAGCGGCUUCAGAAGCAACGUCAGCCACAUGGUUUGGGACAGCAUGUCCUCAGAUGGGUCUGAGCGGUUCGUGCAAAUCCAACUGGGAAGCAGGUCUCGACCGGAUGCCUUUGCAGAGGAGCCUCCGAAGCAUGUAUUUUGGGAUCGCAGUGGGGUCCCUGUCCCGAUCGACAGCAUCGCAGGUCAUUUAGGACUAGCAGCGACCAGAAUGCGCGAUAGCGCAAGAAGUUGGCGCAUAAAGGAUGCUGUGGGCCAUUGGACUUCCGGGACAAUUUCGGCCCGGCUCCAGCCAGCAGGGGACGCGUUGACAUCCGGUGGGGAGGCAGAUGUCGACAUCGGUGCGUGCGACGGUGAGGAGGACGACCCGGACACUUCUAGCGGCGAGGAGUCGCCGACGGCAAGUCCUAGUGCAGGAGCACAGGUGCCUUGCACGGCUUGGAGGUCUAGUGAAUGGACCGUGCCUUCCAAACAGCAUGGAGCCCUACAGGCUCGGCGAGGCAGGCGGCGCCGUAUGAAGUCCGGAGAAGCCGCCGGUCACCACCGUGCCACGCUCCUUCAUACAGUGUGGGAUUUGGGAGGCUCCUCCGAAGGAGACAGCUGCGCAUGCGAAACUGUCGCAGAGAUGCCUGAGGCGUGA